CUUUACCGUGAGGACUGUGAAUUUAUGGAACGGUCUACCUCAGGAACUGGUCACAGCAGGAACAAUUAACAGCUUUAAAACAGGAUUAGAUACAUUCCUGGAACAAAAUAAGAUUAAUGCUUAUGAAGAAAUAUAAAAUCUCAUCCCUUCCCCAAUAUCGCGCCACACCCCUACCUCUUAAUUCCCUGGUUGAACUUGAUGGACAUAUGUCUAUUUUCGACCGUACUAACUAUGUAACUAUGUAACUAUGUAACCUGAAACACGAGAGACCAAAUGCAAUACACUGGCACCAAGACGACAAGGCACAUUCCCGUGCUUACAGUGUGCACAAUGCAAUAAUGUCUUAAAAGGGGACAAACUCUUUCAUCCACAUACCGUUAAAACAUUCAAUAUCAAAGGUUUCUUCGCAUGCAGAACUAAGAAUGUGGUCUACGCGAUUAAAUGCCCUUGUGGCCUAUUGUACAUAGGCGAGACGAUGCAGGCGAUUAAAGAUCGGAUUUCUAAACAUAAAUCUACCAUACGCUGUGAAAACCCACUACUCCCUAUACCUCAAUACUUUAAAGAAAAGAAUCACACUGUUUCGCAAUUGCGCUUUCAGGUGAUUGAACAAGUCACGCUGCCCAAACGGGGGGGUUACUUGAAAAGACGUCUGUUACAACGCAAAGCCUUCUGGAUACAUACUCUCCAGACGCUUGCACCCAAAGGUCCAAAUAGGGAGUAUGAGAUAGGUACUUUGUUAUAGGUAUCAUUCGGUUGAUCUUAGACUAACAUUUGCUUUUUUUUAGCUCUCUCAGGUUCGAACCGAUGGGACAAACUAGCAUCUUUUUCUCUCAUUACGUGGGUGGUGCGGUUGAGUCCAGCGCAUCGGAACAAUGAGGCCCAGAGUGUCGAGCCCAUGGCGGGGCCCAGCGCCAGCGGAGCCGAGUCGAGUACCGAGAGCAGCGUGGAGGGUACCGAGAGCGCAUUGUCCCCGAGCUCCGAGCAGAGGGACCAGGGUACGCAUGAUCCUGAUGAACGUACCUUAAGGUAUAAACGAGUGAGGUGGACCUCGGAAAAGCACCGAAACAUGAGACGGGCCGGCCUGUACAAACGACAGGACGUGCGGUGCCCUACCCUUGCGGGCUUCUCCACCUAUCUUCAAGUGACACUGGGCGUGAGACGCUACCGUCAGGAGGUGGAGAAUGUGGCGCGGUUUCUUUACUUUGUCAACCCGGAGAGCACGGAUCUUGAUUGGAUUAGAGACAUAGAGAAGGUUCAUGCGUUCUUCACUCAGCUGCGUGAUCAGCUCUUGUCCGAACAAACUGUGUUGAACUACCUGAAGGGUGUACGGCGCAUCCUAAGGUACCAGAUACGAGCCACGAACCUCCCAGUGCACAGGCCUCGCCUCUUUCAAUCUUGUAGGCAUCUCUGCUUGGUGAUAGAUGACCUCCAGAAAGGUCUUUCCAAAGGUGUUUCUAGGGAGGUAGUGAGGAAGUGGUACCUCAGCCCCGAUAAGGCCAGUGCAAUGCCUGAUCAGUGUCGGCAGCUGCACCAGGUUGCUAAGCCUAAUUUCCUUAAGAACGUUCAGACGGCCAUGAACGUAAACCAACUCGGGCUGAUGCUCUCGAAAUUAUCUAUUAUCUGCAGGCCCUGCUUAUUUUGAAACAUUUGCACCUCCGUGUGAGUGGGAGCAGAGAGUGAAGCACGUGUAUGGUGGUCAGGUUUUUUGGGUAGUCGGUGUCCACAAUCAUAAAUCCUCAACCAAGCAGGUAGCCUUCUUCGCCUUGAGCGCCCAGGAGGAAACCUGGUUUGCGGCUUACCGCAACCUAUUAAAGCCGCUGCUUUUGGGCGAGCAGGAGCAAGAUGAGUUUUUUUUGUGUCCCCCACUUCGGUUGAGCUUUAUAACCCUUCUAAUGACCUAAGACAAUAUCAUCAACGAUAUGGCCUUGAGAGUGUACCAAGCAUGUUGGUGAGGAAGGUGUGCGAGACGAGCACAGUGGCUCUCUGCACUGAUGCAGAGAAAUCACUAUUUGCCAGGUACCUCUCACACUCAAAUGUGACAGCCAAACAGGUGUACAGAGAAAAAACUCUAGAUGACAUCUGUCACAGGAGCGAACUGGUGAUAAGGGUAGGGCAGGGUGAGAGGCCGCAGGCCAGCGGUAGUGGCCCGGUCUUAGUAGCUGAAGCUGGGCUGGAGGCCGAGGGCGGCAGCCAGGUGAGAGGGACUGUAGCUGGACGGUCGAUGCAGUUACAACUGAGGCGCUGCGACCCCCAGAGCAGAUGCGCGGGUGGUUAAGGCAGAGGAGGCGGCCAAGACAGGUGGCCGGAGGGCAAGACGACGGUCCACAGCCAAUGUGAUGUGAUUGUCUCAAUAAAGUGUCAGUUUGAACCAAUUUUGCUCCACUUUGUGUCCUUUACCAUCAAGGGGUGGCGAAGGCCAGAUGAUUGGCUGAGGAGGGUGCACCGUUGCUGGGUAAGCCCCCACAGAAGGUCCCCCGUGAGGCUUCCGGUGGUACUGGGGGGGGGGGGGGAUUCUAAGUCCCCCCGGUUCUCUGGAGGGGGGCCGACCGGAUGAUUACCCGGGAGGGCUCACCUUCCCCUGGGAAGGCCUCCUGAGGGACUUCCGUAGCCUCUGAUUAUCUUGAAACCGAGAACCGCUAUGAGAUCGGAUUUGCUUGCCGAAUCCGCCUCACAGUCCCACGAGCUGGGCAUGUCAGAGUGGUACGCGUUCAUAAAGUUGUAUCGUAGCAUCGCGAGUGGGUACCUUAGAACGCCCACCUGCCUCGGAAUAGCAGGAGAGCGGGCCGCCCCGCCGCUCUCUCAGGGUACACCAGAGCCGAGCGCGGGCUCCCCUGGAGAUGGGCCUCUGGUUUCCCCUCUGUUUCCCAAAGGGGGAUCAGGCUGGUUUGUGUACCCAACCCAGGGCUCUGAUUGUUCGGGCAAAGCCCCUUGAAAGAUCCCCCGUCGGGCUUUCAGGGGUCUGGGCAAUCGGUCUGUAGCCCAGACUGCUGUAGUAAACACUGAACAAUAAUAUACAAGGGGGAUUAUCUACUCUGUAAUCAUUGCUGC